CCUGUAGAGUCGCUGCCACUGAUCACGCAGGCGCAGCACUCAUCAUCAGGUCGUUUCGCGGCGCGUGGAGAGCAGAGAGACCUCCCGGCAGCGAGCGGCAUGGGAAGAAGAGGAGGAGGGGCUUAGAAGAGGUGGGCAGAGAAGGGGGAAAGCAAAGGACAAGAAGAGGAGAAGGAGCGGGACUCGGACGAUAUAAAGCGGACCAUUAAAGAGAAUAAGCUAGGAACGAGAAAACCAAGAAUACAAUUCGUCAUCCAUUGGUAUCGGGACAAACAGAAUGAGAGGAAGUGGCGUUUAAAUGCAAGAACGAGAUUAGGGAUCGGGAGUUCUAGGAGCGAGACUAAGCGGAGUUACCGAAGGUAUACAAAUACACGAGGGAAGAGGAGGAGGAAGAAGAAGGAGGAGGGGGAGAUUUAACGAGAAGUGAAACUGAGAAGAGGAAUAAAAUAACAGCAACAAGAGGAGGUAAAAACGCAUAACUCGAGGAAUGAGAAGUCACAUCGCGAGUGGGGAGAAUUAAAAGGAACGAAACUUGGCAAGUGAAGAGAGAGAGAAGCGCAAGACAAGAAGAGCUACUGGGAAGAGGACUUCGUGGAGAGAGAGGGAGAAAGAGGAGGGGAAAGCGACGAGGUAGAGAGCGACUCUAGACAAAGCAAGGGGUGGGGGGGGUGGAGAGACGACACGCGGACAGAGCGAGGGAGGUUCUGACAGCGAGGAAGAGAAAACCCGCAAACAUCUCGUUCGCAACAUUAAAGGAAGAUAAGCAAUUAAGAGGAGAAAGAGUGACAAACAGGUGAAGAGAUACAACGAGAGAGAUAAGGGGCAGGGAGAGGGAGGAAGGACGGGAGGGACCGACUGACGGCCCAGCGAAGACUUUCAGCAGAACGCGAGACGCAUUUCUUUUUUUAAACGGUGCCGUGUGCAGAGCUUGGAGGCGCGUGUUGAUGCACGGAUAAUUGGUGUGCACGUGGGGAUAAGACACGUGGUGUUUUCCAUUUGUGUUUUUUUUGGUAUUCCGUAAAGUUCGAGGUUGAUUUGCUCCACCGGGCCUUAAUAGGUGCUCGCAAAGUGCAACGCGAUCGUCAUUAUUGUUAUUGGCGCGGCUGUGUGGAGAGGGGAAUGCGUCGAUCAGCCGGCUGGGUCCGCGUCGCAGCUAACUCCAAGAGCGUUCGACGUUCCGACAUCGGCGAGUGAAAAGAUGCGCACAAGCGAUUAAUCAGCGUGAAGGCAUCCAUCGACACCAUUGAUUACUCAACCAUCCAGCUAGCUGCACAUACAUCGCCCACUCGUCCUCGAUCGCAAACUCUCCACCCAUAACUCAUUACACAACGCACGCACAUCCACGGCUCGCCAUCACUGACCAACCACGCUUAUCCACCCGUUGCUCACCCAUCAACCCAUCGCUCACCACCUCCAUUACUCACCUGUCCACCCAUCAUUGACCUAUCACCCGCUUAUCCACCCUUCACUCAUCCUUCACCUACUUAUCCACCCAUAACUCACCUCUCCAUCACCUACUUAUCCACCCAUAUCUCACCUCUCCAUCACCGAUAUAUCCACCCAUCACUCACCUCUCCAUCACCUACUUAUCCACCCAUCAUUCACCCACCCAUCACCGACUCAUCCACCCAUAUCUCACCUCUCCAUCACCGAUAUAUCCACCCAUAACUCACCUCUCCAUCACCGACUCAUCCACCCAUAUCUCACCUCUCCAUCACCGAUAUAUCCACCCAUAACUCACCUCUGCAUCACCGAUAUAUCCACCCAUCACUCACCCAUCGCCGACUCAUCGCACCCUCCACUGACCCCAUCACGCAGCCGUCACCCGCCCAUCUCUCGGGGCCACGGAACAUCUGCGAGUCCUGCCUCUCACAUUCGCCAGCACGCAUCUCCCAAGGAAGAAACAAGAAAAGUCUUCGACACCGGACGACGCACCGGUCCUUACCUGCGCGUAACCUUAACGCAGCGAAACACUCGCGCGCACGUGUCCAUACACCUGUGCACGCGCGUGCGCGCGUGUGUGUGUAAGAGCACCUGUCUGUCAAAUUGUGCGGCGGAACCAAAUCAAGAUGCCUCGUGUUCUCCGAGACUCCAGAAGCGGUCCUGUUCCCUCUUCCAUGGUUCACGUCGUUAUCUUCAUCAUCUUCGCCGUGACACCAGUGUCUGCAAAGACGUGGAAUUAUAACAACAACCAUCAGUACAACUAUCACCAGCAACAGCAGCAACAGCAGCAACAGCAGCAACAACAGCAACACUAUCAGCAACAUUACCAGCAUCAUCAAUCGAAUCAACAGCAUCAUCAGCAGCAGCAACAGCAGCAGCACGUGCAGCAGGUGCAACUGUCAUCGCAGCAGCAGCAGCAACAGCAGCAGCAUUACCUGGUGUCUAACGGGAAGGAGAACGGUCGGAAUAGGAACUGGUGCGCGUUUGUGGUGUCACGCUCGGCCACUUGCACCGUGGAGGACGGGGUGGAGUCGUACGCGCGCGCCGAGUACCAGCCCUGCCCUUGGGGGCAGCGCAACUGCCCCCGUAUCAUCACGUACCGCGCAUGCGUCCGGCCCCGCUACCGCGUCGCCUACAAGAGCGUCCAGGCCGUCGAGUGGCGGUGCUGUCCCGGGCACGCGGGGCCCUCCUGCCAGGAGUCGCAGCCCGGGACGCCUACAGGAGGCGGGGAGUCCAGACCGCCGGGCGUCGACCAAGGAUCUCCCAACGAUCCCCGCAGGCCUCCGCAGGGGGUCCCGACGUCCCUGGACGCCCAAAGACCCUCGCAAGGGGUCGCCACGGGGGCGGCCAUGCCGCCUGGACACGGCAAUGGGCAGGGGCAGCCGCAGAGGCCUGCAGCCAACGGCCACCGGUUCCGUCAGCUGGAGAGCGACGUGCAGCGCCUGGCUCAGAGCGUGAACACCCUCUCCAGCACGGUGCACAGCCUCCAGCGGGCGUUUCUCGAGGACAGCAAUCAGCUGCGCAGCCUGCUCAACACCUACGGCAACAGCCUCAGUAGCAGCAGCAGUAGCAGCAGCAGCAGCAGCAGCGUUCUCAACGGAGCCAUAGGACACGCGCCCGGCCGUGGCGGGGAGGCCGGAGGCGCGGCCCCCUGGCUCGGCGACAUCAUGGGCAAGAUCGCGCAGGUGAACGAGACGUUGGCGCGCAAGGGCAAGGUGCUGGACCACCUGCAGGGCGCCGUGACGGGCCACGGCGCCCGCAUCAACGAGAUCCUCGACAAGGUCGGCGGGGGAGCGGCACGGCCGCCGCCCCAGCAACCGCCGAACGGCGCGCUCGACCGCAGGCUCGCCAAGCUGCGCGGAGAAAUCGUGAACGAGGUGCGGUCGGCGCUGGACAAGGAGCGCGGAGGGGCGGGAGGAGGCGGCGGCGGUGGCGCGUGCGGCUGCGCGUCCGAGCUGUCGGCGCUCGAGGAGCGGCACCAGCACUGGCGGGAGUCGGCGGAGCGGUCGCACGAGCAGCUGUCGUCCACGUGCCGGGCCCGCGUCGACGAGCAGGCGCAGCGCCUGCGCUCGGAGUUGGACGGCCUCGCCGCGGGGGCCGAGGCCUGCUGCUCCGAGCUGGGGCGGCGCGUGAACGCACUCGAGAGCAACGCCAGCUCGACGGCGGCCGCGCUGGCGGCGGCGGCGGUCGACGGCGGCGGCCGACGCGACGGCACCGACCUCCUCCGGGAGCUGCAGGAGCAGGGCAAGCGCCUGAGCGACGCGGAGGCGCGGCUGUCGACGGCGCUGAGCGGCACGCAGCAGUGCUGCCGCCACUGGCAGGAGACGACGGGCGAGAUGCUCCAGGAGUCGGUGGGCUCGCUGCGCGGGGAGAUGAACGCCCGCUACGCGCGGCUCGGCGAGGAGGUGGCGGCGCUGCGGGCGGCGCUCGACGGUUUUGCUGCGCCCGGCGUUCCCCGCGACGGCGGCGUCGGCGCCGAGCUCUUGGGCGACCUGCGGCGCCGCCUGGCCGGGGCGGAGGAGCGGCUCGCCGCGCUGACGGGCGCCCCGCCGCCGGACCCCCGGCGCGUGGACUCUCUCCUCGCCCGACACCGCGCCACCGUGGCCGCCAACCUCUCGGCGCUGGCGGGCGAGGUGCGGCGUACGGGGUCGCGCGUCGACAAGGUGGAGGAGGCGCUGCUGGGGCUGGGCACGGGAGGAGCCGCGUCCCCGAGCACCGACGACGACGACGAGUGCCCCAGGGGCUGCCGCGAGGAGGUGUCGCGGCUCCGCGAUGAGGUGACGGAGCGGUGGAGGAGCACGGCGGCGGAGUGCGACGCCAACCGGCAGCGGAUCCACGCCGUCAACCUGACCGUCUGGCAGACGCCCGGUGGGAGGCGGGGACUAUUCGGCGGGGUCACGGGCGACCGAGGGGGUGACGAGGGCGAGGAGGAGGGGGAGAGCGGAGCGGGGGGCCGCUCCCCGCUGGACGUGGUGCGGGAGCGGAUCGGGGUGCUCAACGAGUCGCUGGGGGAGGCGGAGGGGCGGUUGGACGCCCGCGUGUCAUGGGUGCGGGAGGCGUUGUCCAAUCAGAGCGCGGUGAUCCGGGGUCACGGCGGCGCCCUCCAGAACCUCAAGGGAGAACUCUCCGACCUGUGGAACGAGGUGGAGAGCGGAGGGCGCGGCGGCGGCGGCGGCGCCGGCGCGUGCUGCGAGGAGCUGGAGCGGCGCGUGGCGCGCCUCGAGGGCGACGCGGCGCGCGUGGCCGACGCGUGCGAGCGGGAGCGCGCGAGGACCGGGGAGCGCGACGGGCGGACGCAAGACGCCCUGCAGCACCUCAACGGCACCCUGCACAAGCUGACCAUGGACUGGAGGACCCGCCACGCCAUGCCAGGCCCCCCUGGUCCCAGCGGCUCCCCUGGUCCCAGUGGACCCACUGGCCUCCCUGGUCCCAGUGGCCUCCCUGGUCCCAGUGGCCUCCCUGGUCCCACGGGCCCCCCUGGUCCCAGCGGACCCACCGGCCUUCCUGGACCAACCGGCCCCCCUGGUCCCAGCGGACGCACCGGUCCCCCUGGUCCCAGCGGCCUUCCUGGUCCCAGCGGCCUUCCUGGACCCACCGGCCUCCCCGGUUCCAGUGGUCUUCCUGGACCCAGUGGCCCAGUCGGCCCCAUCGGACCCACCGGGCACCCAGGCGCUCCGGGUCUUGCUGGGAAUUCUGGGAUGAACGGCCUCCUAGGGCCCCCCGGCUUCCCCGGCUCCCCCGGGACUCCCGGGACCCCCGGGGCCCAAGGACCCCCUGGGCUCAGAGGGGAGCGUGGACAUGACGGCCUCCCUGGCCAGCCUGGAGUGCAGGGGCCAGCAGGCAAGGACGCCAUCUCUCACCGCGUGGCCUUUACCGCCGCCCUGAGGUACCGGCCGCCUCACGACGAGGUGAUCCACUUCAACAACAUCCUGCUCAAUGACGGAGGGCACUACAAUCCCAACACCGGCAUGUUCACGGCGCCCAUCUCGGGACGGUACCUGGUGGGCGCCGUUCUGGUGGCGGAGAGGGGCAGCAAGGUGUUCGCCAUCCUGAGCCGAUCCAACGUCUCGCUGCUCCACCUCGACUCGGAGGGCCCGAGGGCCGAGGAGAUCGAGAAGGCGCAGGGCCCGCGGCGGGCCGACGGCGCCCAGCCGCCCGGCGUGGCGGUGCUCCACGCCGUGCUGCCGCUGUCCGAGGGGGACACGCUCUGCCUGGAGCUCGUCGAGGGGCGGCUGCACGCCUCGGACGACCCCUACUCCACGUUCAGCGCCGCGCUGCUCUACGAGGACAAGGACGUGCAUCACUACGCUGUCGGCUACGCCGACGACGACCGGGACGACGACGGUGACGACGACGGUGACGACGAUGGCGGGGACGGUUAGGGGGAGAAUCCGCGAGCGUCGGGAGGUCGAGGACGUUCACGCAGGUGGCAUUCUUCUCGGACCACCGCCGACGCUGUGCAGACGCUGCUGGUUUUAGGCCGAGCCGACCUUGGCGAGGCACAGGCCGAGUUGAGAGUUGAGUGUGCCGCACGUGAGGAUGUGGAAUGGAACUCUGGUCGACGGGAUUAUAGUUGUGCUAGUGUACUUGUGCGACAAGCGUGCACUCGGAGAUCACCCAUGUAGCCUGAUAGAAUGCUGCUUUGGGUAACUGCUGUUAGCGAGCACCUAUUGAAGUCGUAAUACACAUACACACACACACACCAGUGACAAAGGUUCUUUGUAUAGCCUUAAAGAUAUGUGGGGAAAGUUAUCUUCGAACCUGAUAAGGCCGGCACAGCACAUGAAUGGGUGGUGUAGCCACCAGCACAAACAGCCACCUUUGUAUCCCCGGUGCUAAUCUUUACACACAUCAACAGGUACCCAUUUUAGAUUGAGUCGAACUAGCAGAGACCCGGAGCAUGUUCAGAUAUCACCCACCACUGAUGUUGGUUGUGUGGGAAUCAAAUGGAGGUUACCCAGUUCAGAGUGCAGUGCAAUAACCACUACACCACUGCUCCUCACAACAUACACACACACUUCAUGUACAUACGUACAUAUGCAACAACAAUCACAUACACACACACGUACUAAUAUACUACAAUACAUGCACACAUACAUAUGCACAUUCCUACAAUAAAGGCACCUAGAAUUGCAAAUGUGAAGAUUAAAAGGAGAGUUCAUAGACAAAACCUGAUAUCUUUCAUGUGCACUCAUAGUUUCAUUGGCUGUGCCUAGGUUUAAAAAUUUACAGUAUUUAUUUAACUUCAGCUAAGGUAUUUUAAAGUAACGGUGAUCACAUGAAGGGUUUUCAACAUCAGCAUUACUUAGAGUAUUAUGAUCGCUGUUAAAUUUUGAUUUAAAGCUUUCGUGACUGCAGGGAUUCAUAUUCUUGGUUCUUUCGGUAAAGUCACGUAGAAGGGAAUUAUAUUUUAUUAUUUUAUUGUUUCCCUUCUACGUGGCUUUACCGAAAGAACCAAUAAUAUAAUCGCUGUUAUUAUUAUUACUCAGGCCAUUCUUGCAUUUCUGGCCCCAUAGCAAUAACUGCAGAGGAAUCUUCUUCAGAUAUUUUUUACUCCUCCCUUCCCACUCCACAAUCUCCACCCUGCCGGCUAGUUGGGUUUCAUCAGUGCAUUGUCAUUAUUGUCAUAAUAGCUUGGCCGGUGAAGGGCCAGGUUUGUGAUUUCACUGUUGUGAGUUGACUAUGCUGGUUAGGGUUGACUCAGCCUUACCAUUCGUCAUCAUCAAUAAAUAACAAUCAUCGUCAUUAAUAUAUCACCAACAUCAAUAAAAAAUGAUCGAUUUCUCAUCAAAGAAAAUUUACAUCACCAUAAUCCUCAUCUUCACUCAAUAUCAUCACAAUCAACAUAGCAAUCACCAUUAUCAUCAUCUAUAAACAUAAUACUACAACCAUAACCUCCCCAUACAGCCAUCAUCAUAACCAAAACCAUCACCACCAUUACCAUCAUAACCAUCAUCAUAACCAUCAUCAUCAUAACCAUCCCUACUGGGUGGAUACAAUGAGCACCAAUGAUGCAUAGAACUCAGAAACAGUAAUUGUUGCAUUCAUCAGGAGACAUGGUUCUUGUCAUAGUAAUGUGGAAUUUUCACCUCUGGCUCAGGACUGAGUGCGGAGAUAAGCACUACCCAACUCUCUUGUGAGCGUGGGGACACAUUCAUGGUGACUAUUAUUAUUGAUCCCGACACAGAGAAAUCGUACAAGGGUAAAAAAAUAAUAAGUGUAUAUUUAUUAUUUGUGAAAUCGCAGUAAUGCCUUGCGGUUAAUUAAUGAAGUGUGUUCAAAUGUCUUUUAAAAAUAUAUAUAUACGUAUGAGUGUACAAGGUAUCAUGACAUGAUGUCCAACGGGUGCCUAUAUAAAACUAUGGCUGCCAAAAAGAAUUGGGGUUGGUGGAUCAAACGGGGAUGGGCACUGUUUUAUCGCUCGCAACAGGGCAGCUGGAAAGUUGCAAAUACCAAGAGCUUGCAGCAUGGAAGUGCACCCCCUGCUGCAAUAUGUGAUGCGCAGUUUUGUAUCCAAGUGCCCCGAAUUACUUUUGACGCUCUUUAAUUAAAAACGGGGCAGCGUUUUCUCCAGCUGCUGAUGAACACCCACGAACCUAAAAUAAAUUACGCAAGUCCAGCUCGACGACACAGUUCUAUUGAAGGGCGAUACCUUGUGCUUAUGACCAAAUCGCCCUAAAUGUACCCUCACUUAUCAGCUCUCGGAAGUUAAGCAGGAUUAGCCUGGUCAUUUACUUGCAUGGGUGAACACCGGGCACGGAGCCCUCCCACACAAAGCCAAUGACCCAUCAUUAGAAUUGGCCAAGCAUCCCACUGCAGGAUCCUCCUGAAAACUAGUCUUGAGAUUCAUGCCACUUUUCCAUUUGCACACCCGAGCUAAUGUCAGCAUGGGGCCAGCGUGGCAGGGAUGUUUGGUUUUUUUCCCCCCGCUGGUUAUCUGCCGAGCCGAGCUGGUAUCAGGUCGUGCUACGCUGGCCUGGCACAAGACAUCUGAAUCCGGCUCAAGUUCAAGCCGUGCUAGGGGUGGUGCUAACGAAUCGCAACGAUGCACCUCGCGCCAGUGUGCACACACCUCACGUCACGACGUUAUCUGUUGCGCGUUACGUCAGUGGCACGGUCCGUGCAGUGGAAAAAAACAAACCUGUGCUUCCUGGCCCUUGCCGCGCGGACUCGACAUGUCCCAAGCACGGCUCUCGGAUGUGCAAGUGGAAAAGGGUUAUCAGUGAGGGCGUUCCCCGUUUAAAUAAUUGUGAAUUAUAAUUGACAUCGUUAUGAUGAGGCUGGCAGCUAUGGGUAAUGUGUUGGGCUUGUGCGGUCACCUCCCCUGAAUUAUGUGCUGCCUAAAUACACGGAGAGGAUGGAGGCGUCCCUUUCAAUUAAAGCAGCCCAUGCAGGCUUGCUUAUCUUUUAUUAACACCGAUUUACAUUUUGUGUGUUUUUAUCUGAGAAGGAAACCGAUAUUUUUUUGGUUUAAAAAGAGGAAAAUAAUUACCAGGUGGGUUUGUGGACUCUGGCAACGCUUGGCAGUGUCGUUUGAGCAAAGUGCGCGUGAGCCAGAGAGGCGAUUGGUGCUAUAGACGUUAUGCCAAAGAUGUAACGUGUUACUAUUACUGUACUGUAUUAAUGUCAGCUGUAGAGAUUGGACUGUAUUAUGUUGUCAGAUUUUGUCAUUAUUUAAUCACAAUGUCAUUCAUAUUACUUUUUUUUAUUGAUAUGAUUAUUAUUACUUAUCGGUGUCAAUUUAUCAUGUAUCAUCAUUAUCGCAGAAUUAUUAUAGGUCAAACACUUGCGUUACACAUUAUACAAUUUUAUUGUCACAUUGUAGUGUUAGAAUGACGUGGGGUCGAAAUGUUUUCGACAAAGCCUCUUCCAAAACACGUGUUGCACCGGCCUCAAACGAUUGGCUUAUUUAAAAGUCAAGACGGCCAACGCCGUUCCAAUUCCGUCACGAUAGCUUCUCUCCUCCCCUCUGCACAGCUGACGACAAAACUCUAAGAACUGUUCAUCUAAAUUUAUUUUUUUCUUAUUUUUUUCGCCUCGGUCACUGACCACUGGGUGCCAUUCCAAUGCCACGGUUGGCUACGUACGGUGCGAAAGAAGUUCAACCAAUACAUAUUACAUAUAUGCCCUUGUUCACUAUAUUCUAAAAUAAAUUACAGCAAUUAAUGAGUCACCCCCCCCCUACCCAUAAUCACUGUCAUUAUUAUACUACAGUUGCCAUAUAACUCAAACUAUGGACCAUAUAGUAAACCACCGUAACCUGUGCUGCAUCAGCAGAGGAAGAAUAAAACGACACAAUCUCCCACAUGAAGCCCUCUCAUGGCUAGCCAGCCUUGACAUUGGCAAUGAGCUGCUGAACACAUUACUGUCAUGAUACGCAAGAAGAGGGAACGGUUGCUGCAAGUCAAAUGCUGCAAGUUAGAGUUCCUGCUUGUUUGGGAGUUGUGAGAGAGACAUUCUCCGGGAGCGAUGUGAUGAUUCAUCCUCCUCCCCCUGCCAUCGAUUCUAUGAAUUGUUGCGGGCUCAGGGUCGCGAUUCGCUCCAACGAACGUUUUAACAUCGCGGUGAACACAGUGGCCUCUUUUAGCCGUUGGGCUCAUGUGAGCCUAUCACAUUUAACAUCGCAUGCAAAUCGGAAAGCAUCGACUGUUUCGAAUGCGAUUUCAAUGCAUCAACGGAUUAACCAACGCAUCGUUACGCCCCUUAAGUUGCGAGUUCAAAUCUCAGUCGGGGUUGUCUCAGCCAGUCACCCCUCUCAUGUCAAUAACAUGAGCCUGUAUGGUGGUUAGCCUGGCGAUUUGCCUUCACAAUCAUAUUAUCCACCACUGGUUCAGGGCAGUGAAGGGGAGCUUGCAUCUGCCCGAUGCUCGUCUGAGUGGCAAAAACAACUUUCGACCAGAUUUGUAUGUUGACAAAAUGACCAAAAAACGUUCUCGUUGAUGAGAAAUGUCAGCACGUUUUUGCCAAAACAAAAUCACACAAAAAGUAUCAAUCACCAACAGGGGAAGUGGAUGCUGACGUUGACCUGGACUCCUUGAGCGUAAACCUCUCCACUAAACAGGGGUGAGGAAGCCUCCUCCUUAUCGAGGGUCAAAUAGGACUAUCGCAAUGGGUAUCUUUGGCAGGCAUUACCACGCAGGUUGUUAGCGUUAUCCAAUAGGUAGUCCUUCCCAUGGUCAACAGCACGCUGGGAAACAACAGAUCUUCUGCCAAACCGAGCCGCUUCACCCAUGUUCUAUUCUAAUACGUUUUUUAAGUGUUAUCCAAUAAUAAAGCAAACAAAAAACGAAUGAGGGCCCACCUUUACCGCUCCAUUCGAUGCCUGUGGCUGCUUUCCCCUCGCUAUUUCAAAUCCAAGACUCUCCAAAUGAUGAGAAACCCCAUCACCACAGCAGGGAAAUGCACGCAGGCUGGAAGCAAAUACAAUCUAACAACACUCGCAACUCCCAUCAUGCCUUGCACGCAUGUUAUGCGAUUACAUUGCAUGCCACACAUUAAUCUCUUGAGCUGGUGGUCUGGACAAGGCCUGGAGUAUUGUACAUACAAUUUGCUGAUCACAUGGCACGCAUGCCAGGCAUGAUUGGUCUUGUGCCUUCCUGCUGCUUGUGCGCAGCAAACAUUCUGCGUUGUUGUUCAAUCACACUGUUUCAUCCUCUCACUCGCCCAGUUGACGUCAAAUGCAGUCCCGCGGAGUGAUGGAUAACACCAUGUAACGCGAUUUUUGUUCCCUGGGUAGUGUUAUUUUUUAAUUGCUUAUGCCUCAAAAGUAUAGAAAAUGGCUAUUAUUAUUCCCCACAAACUUUGCUUUUGUGACCAGGACUUUAUGUGAAGGAAUGACACAAAUGCACACCACGUUUUCUCAUUGAAAAUAGGUACAUUUCAAAAUAUCACUGUCCUGGUCACAUAAGCAAAGUUUGUGAGGAAUAAUAGCCAUUUUUUGUACUUUUGAGGCAUGAGCAAUUAGGAAAUAACACUUACUACCCAGGGACAAACAUUUUUUUGUUACACAGUGUAAUUAUUGUGAGCAGCCCGUUUUGAAGUGGUAGGCCUCAUGGGGGCUACAACUUGAUAGGCUAUAAAAUAUGUAAAGUACAGUAUAUAUUAAAAAAAACAUCAAUUGAACUAAAGAUAAUGCAUAUGAAUAAGAGUGUAUAAUUUUAACCUUUCACAUUGUGUACUUUGAGAAAUGUUGUUACAGAUGCAAAUUAACCUUCGGAGAUGUGUGCUCAUUGACGAAAUAACUCUCCAUCAGCUGUGGACUUUUUGUCGCUUGAGUUGUCAUAAUUAAACUCAUUUUCUCGAUACCA